UGCAGGGGCCGGCUGAGCCGCGCGGGCACCGGGGCGGGCCGGACGCAUGGGCAGCGACCGGCGAGGUUGCCCGCGCGCCCCUGCCCGCCCGGGGCCCCCCAGCCAUGGCCAUCGUGCAGACGCUGCCCGUGUCCAUCGAAGCUGCUCCUGAGGGGGCCGCGCAACUCCGUGCCGCUGCCCGCUCGCCGCCCGCCGCCCGGGGCGCCAUGGGCAGCGUCGGCAGCCUCAUCUCCAGCCGGCCCUGCCACGACCGCUCCUGCAAGCCCUCUGAGGGGGGGCCCUCUGGUCCCUUCCGCAAGCAGGACGGGCUGCUCCAAGUGACCCCCCAGGAUCCCCUGCUCCAUGCUUUGCCCCCCAAGAAGCCCUGCUCAGCCAUGCCCGGCGUCGCCCAUGCUUAUGCCAAUGAAGGCUUUCAUGGAGACUGGCUGGAAGCUGCCUCUCCUGUCAGUCCCUGCAGCGACUCGGAUGAGGCCCGGGAUGACCGAGCCCAGAGCGGCAACAUCCGUGGGCCUCCUCCCAAGCUUGUCCCCGUCUCUGGCAAGCUGGAGGAGAAUGUGGAGAAGACCCUGAUCCGGCCCAUGGCCUUCAAGCCGGUGGUACCCAAAGUAAGGACUGCUCCGGGGCCAGCCAACCUGGGCACGCGCCCGGGGGUCCCGGUGCUCUCAGAGAGCCAGGUGAGCCUCACCCACUUGCUGGGGGCCACUGGGACCGACAAACCUGGCUCGCUGAGCUGCCGCACCAGCAGCCACUCGGGCACCCUCUCGGACUCGGGGCGCAACUCCUUGUCCAGCCUGCCCACCUACAGCACGGGGUGCAGCCAGCACACGGAGGCGGGCGCCCUCUCGGCCACCCCACACGGCCACUCGGACGCGCAGGGAGGCUACCGGCCGCUGGCUGGCCCCUCCAACUCGGACAGCGGGCGCUCGUCCUCCAGCAAGAGCACAGGUUCACUGAGCGGCCGAGGCCGGCCCUCCUCGGAGAGCGGGUCGUGCGGGCGCUCACCCCUGCCCGGAGAUGAGGCGCUGCUGGUGCGCGAGCUGGAGGACAAGCUGCGGGAGAGGGAGGCCGAGCUCCAGCAGCUGCGCGACAGCCUGGAUGAGAACGAGGUGGCCAUCUGCCAGGUGUACGAGGAGAAGCAGCGACGCUGCGAGCAGGAGCUGGAGGGGCUCCGGCAGCGCUGCGCGGCCCAGGUGCGCCAGGCGGCCCAGCAGGCCCAGCGCGGGCAGCAAGUCCUGCAGCUCCAGGUCCUGCAGCUCCAGCAGGAGAAGAAGCAGCUGCAGGAGGACUUUGCCCAGCUGCUGCAGGAGCGGGAGCUGCUGGAGAGGCGCUGCGCCUCCUUCCAGCGGGAGCACACUGAGCUCGGACCACGGCUUGAAGAGACCAAGUGGGAGGUCUGCCAGAAGUCGGGGGAGAUCUCCCUGCUGAAGCAGCAGCUGAAGGAGUCGCAGGCGGAGCUGGCGCAGCGGGGCACAGAGCUGCUGGUGCUGCGGGCCCAGCUGCGGGAGGCGCGCGCCGAGCUGCAGGCGGGCGAGCAGCAGGCCCUGGGGCUGCAGGAGGCCGCCCGGCUCAAGGCGCUGGAGCUCGAGGUGUGCGCCAACGAACUGCAGCGGCGCAAGAGCGAGGCCGACCUCUUCCGCGCCAAGGCGGGCCGGCUCGAGCAGGAGGUGGCGGGGCUGCGGGAAGCAGCCCGCGGACGCUGCCCCGAGCUGGGCGAGGGAUGCCCCGAGCCAGGCGAGGAGGCGUGGGGCGCCGUGGGGCUGCGCCGGCAGCUGGAGCGGCUGCGGGCCGAGGUGGCGCUGGAGCGGAAGCGCGGGCAGGAGCAGCGGGACGCCUUCGAGCGGGAGCGGAGCACGUGGCAGGGCGAGAAGGAGCGGGUCAUCCGGUACCAGAAGCAGCUGCAGUACAACUACAUCCAGAUGUACCGCCGCAACCGGCGGCUCGAGCAGCGGCUCCAGCAUCUCCGGCUCCAGGGCGAGGACCCCCCACCUGAGCCCUGCGAUCCCCCCGACCCGCCCUUCGAGGAGAUCACGGCCACUGAGAUCUGAGCCGCUGCCUGUCCUGGCCCCGCUCACAGAUGGUAGGGGGGCGCCUCCAGCCCCUUGGAUUUUGGGAGCCUUGGGGCUGGGAUCAGGGAUCCCUGUCCCCCUGCUAUGCAGAGACUGUUGGCACUGGGAGGGGACAGGAGAGACCUCAGGUGCUGCUCUAUCCUCAGCAUCAGGGUGUUAGAGUGAGGCUGUGUUGGCACCCACUGUGGCAAGGGGAUGCCCAGGAGAUGUUGGGCCAGGUGGGUGCCCGGUCCUGGGGCUGCCUGGAGCCGGUUCCUGCUGAUCCUCUUAGCGUCCAGGGGAUUAGCAGUGCUGGCUUCAGCCAGGGUCACCUUGCGUAGCAGGAGGGCUGUGUUGUCCCCCCCCCCCUUCCCUCCUGGCACUGUUACUCUGCCACUUCCAGAGGGGACGUUGUGCCCGUCCCUGCCUGUGCCAGCCUUCCCCCCCUCACCCCCAGUGUGUUUGUCAGGGGAUUCGUUUCUGUGCCAUUUUAAAUAACUCUAUUUUUAUAGGACCUACCAAAACAUAUCGCCUGCCCCCAACUCACACCCUGCCUGUGUGUGGCCCCAUCACCCCUGCCGUGGGGCACGUUGCCCUCAGUGCCUUUCCUAUGCCCUCACCCCCUGCACCCCCCCCCCCCGCCCGAAAGCCUGGCCUGUGCCCCUGUGAUGCCUGGCCUGCUCAGCCAAGGGGUGAGGGGCACAGUGCCCGGGGGAGUCAGCACUGCUCGCUGGCUGGGGACACUAUGGGGAUUUCUCAGGGCCUGGGGCCCCAGGCAUGGGUCCUGGGGGGGGGGGGUGCCCCCAAGGGUGGUGAGGGGCUGAGCUGGGCGGCAGGCUCUGCCCCCAGCUGCGCCCAUGGAGUCAAACCAAAGGAAAAGCCUGGCUGUGCCCAGCUCUGGCUUGGUUGCCCCUGGCUCCAGGGGGGGAUUUUUAUACUUUAUUUCGGUUGUGUCCCAUUUCCAGAGCCUGGCUUGUCCUUGUAGCACCCGGAAAUGCCAAUUAAAAACAAGCUCCUGGC